CAGACAAACUCCUCCCCGGAAGUAGCACACGGUUCCCCCAUCCCCUAUAAAGGUACCAACGCUGGCGUGUUGUCUCCUGGCCGCUCGUCUUUUCGUUGAUGGUUAGACUCUGCGAGAGGAGGAUGAAGUUCCUUGUAGCAGCCACGGUCAUCGUGGGUUCCGUGAUUUUCCUUGCCUUCCCCAGCGGCUCGUCCGCGGAUGAGAAGAAGAAAGGCCCCAAAGUAACCGCUAAGGUCUACUUUGACAUGAGGAUCGGGGGCGAGGACAUUGGAAGGAUUGUCAUUGGGGUGUUCGGAAAGACCGUUCCCAAAACGGUGGAGAACUUCGUCACCUUGGCAACCGGAGAGAAAGGAUUUGGCUACAAAGGCAGCAAGUUCCAUCGUGUCAUCAAGCAGUUUAUGAUCCAGGGAGGAGACUUCACCAAAGGAGACGGAACUGGAGGCAAGAGCAUCUACGGCGACCGCUUUCCUGACGAGAACUUCAAGCUGAAGCAUUACGGCCCCGGUUGGCUCAGCAUGGCCAAUGCUGGUAAAGACACCAAUGGCUCACAGUUCUUCAUCACCACGGUGCAGACCUCCUGGCUGGACGGCAGGCACGUGGUUUUUGGCAAAGUGCUGGAGGGAAUGGAUGUGGUGAAGAAGAUUGAAGAAAACAAGACCGAUGGACGCGACAAGCCUCUUCAAGACGUCGUCAUCCACGACUGCGGCAAGAUUGAUGUGGACGAACCAUUUGCCGUGCCCAAAGAGUAAUCUGGACUGGUAACAUGGGACUGCUUUUGGGGGGGUAAGGGAAGUGAACCACCAUGUUUUGUGUCAUUCUGUCCUGGAGACGAUGCUUUGGAUCAAAUUGAACACACACACCAUCAAGCAUUCCGAGGUCAUUGGUUUUUGUAAAGAAGUAAUAAAGCUUCCAGGUUUUUCUUAAAUCCUUGAGGUUAUUUUAUUUGGGAAAUAGUUGUCCUCGUAACAUUUUCCUUUUUUUUUUUUUUAAAUCUUAUUCUGCUACAACUAAUGGGGACUUGGCGACCCAAGUAUUGUAACAAAAAGUAGCAUUACACAAUUGGGGAUGAAUGUUAAAAGUAAUGCCUAGUUUAUCGUGGUUAAUAGGUUCCGGACCUUCUUUAGAAAUUGAACACACACACCAUCAAACAUUCCAAGGUCAUUGUUUUUUGUAAAGAAGUAAUAAAGCUUCCAGGUUUUUCUUAAAUCCUUGGUUAUUUUAUUAUGGAAAUAGCUGUCCUUGUAACAUUUUCCAUUUUUUUUAUCGCAUUCUGCUACAACUAAUGGGGACUUGGCGACCCAAGUAUUGUAACAAAAAGUAUCAUUACACAAUUGGGAAUGAAUGUUAAUAGGUUCCGGACCUUGUUUAGAAAUUGAACAUUUUUGUAGUUGGAGCAAAUAUACAUUUUAUUUUUUUUUUUAGCAUAAUUAGAGCCCCCAAGACAUGAAAUAAAACUCCCGAUAUGCACUUGUAUUACCCAAUAUAGUAGACAUAAUAGAAAAUAAACACACUCGUUUUAGGCAUACUGCCUAAAUAAACUGCCAUAAAUGUAACAUUAUGGACUCCGAGUGACCAUGCACUUGAAUUGCUUUAACCAUCAGAGAGCACAUCAGUGACCAUGAACACAGGAGCUGCUGUUAGCCACUGUGCUCCCAUCACGGCUAACCAAAGAUUCUGCUAACGCUCAGCUAAAGUCAACACUAGCUGAUGUAAUGUCACUUCCCAGGCUUCUCUCCUUUUAAGGCCCACACAAGUCGAUUUUCCACUCACGAGACACACAUGAGUCUGGGUCUUAAUUUAUGUCUUACAUGGCUUGAUGCUUUGUUUACUAUAGUGGGUAAUAAAUGUUUACAUCCA